AUGCCAUUAGGAGUCAAAGGAUGUUAUUAUCUUGUGGAUGGUGGAUACACAAAUGGUCAAGGAUAUCUGGCUCCUUAUAGGGGUACAAGAUAUCAUCUAUCUGAAUGGAGGAAUAGAAGGGCACCUAAUAAUCAUGAAGAGUAUUUCAAUAUGAAGCUUGCUGCUGCAAGAAAUGUGAUUGAAAGGUGUUUUGGACUUCUUAAGAUGCGUUGGGGUAUCUUGCGAAGUCCAACAUUUUUCCCAAUUGAGACACAAUGUAAAAUAAUUACAGCUUGUUGCCUAUUACAUAAUCUUAUUCGUGGCGAGAUGGCUAUUGAUCCAUUGGAGAAUGAAUUGAAUGGUACUGAAAAUGGGGAAACUAACCAAGAUGGUGAUGUACUUAGCACUAUUGAACCUUCAGAUCAAUGGACUGCAUGGAGGAAUAAUUUGGCUAUGCAAAUGUAUGAUGAGUGGAAUAGGAACAGACAUUAA